AUGCCACCGAGAGCUAAGAAGCGUAGAAUGGCUCAACCAGCAGCGACUGCCACACAGCAGCCAAGUGGGCCAUCCUUUGCACCGACCACCUCUGGAGCAACAAUCUCAACUCCAACAGAUGUUGGUACCACCCCUGCUCCUGUCCCAUCAAUACAUAUGAUUGGUAUGAAUGUUUCUAGCACAGUCAAACAACGUAUUAUUAGUGGGCAGUAUAUUGAUUUGGCCACAUUGGUAACACCAAAAUCAGGGUCUGAUGAAAAGAAAUUAGUUAUGAAUAGUAUGGGUGAGAUAAUUUAUAAAGAUGCCAACCCAAAAAAGGUAGAAAAUAUUGAGCAAUGGACUGACCUUAUGCUCAUAUUUGCAAGUGUGUACUUGAGUGCACAUCCCGCCAAGACUCUUGACCUACUUAAGUACAUACAAACCGUAAGAAUGGGUGUUAGCAGGGGGGCUAUAUCUUGGAAAGAAUAUGAUACGCAGUUUAGGCUGCGCAAAGAGCAAAAUCCUGUGUCUUCUUGGGGUGAAAUUGACUCGGAAUUAUGGUUGAUGUAUAUGCAUUCUGGGCCCGCUUAUAACGUAACAAAUGCACCCAAAACCAAUAAUGAUAAUUGCUUCAAUUUCAAUUACAAGGGAUCUUGUGACAAAUUCCCAUGCAUGUAUAAACACAGUUGUAUUCGAUGUGGUAGUAACCAUCCACAGAUACAUUGCCUUACACAAGCCUCAAACACUGGGUCCCCACAAAUAUUUCGCCAACAAAAUUCAAGUGGUCAAUUCUAUGGACAGUCAAGUUUUCGUCCACAAACCACCAAUGCAAAUACCAACUAUAAGGGGUAUUCAACCAAUGCAAAUACCAAUUAUAGGGGGUAUUCCAGCAGCAACACCCAGCGCCCCACCUACUCAAGACCAAGAUUCCGCACCCCGCAAUCUAUGGCGUCUAGGUUCAACGCCUAUUAA